CCCGGAUACCCAACAUGGCGAUGUCUGAAGACUUGACGAAACUGAUGCAAGACGACGAGCUACUUCAGAAGUUCUUAGCUAGUGAUUUCGAUCCUCGUCAGUUGGCUAGUUCAGUCGUUCAGGCUCGAGUUGUUGGAGAGUCUCUAGAGAAGCUGGCAACCGGCAUUCGCUUGAUAGACAAAGAGCUGCAUGCACAGGUUGUCACACAUCAUGCAGACUUGCUGUCACAAGCCACAGGCAUUGAAACAUUAGAGAGUGUACUACACAUGAUGCAGACGAGAAUCAACUCACUCAAGACAGCAAUCGAGAGGAUUAGCAGUUAUAUUGUGGAACCUUAUGAGAAAGUCAUGGUGCGAACCACCCAGCUACAAAGACUUCAAGUGGCUUGCGAUCUCCUGAGGAACAUAAUUCGUAUCAUUUACUUGGUCAAGCGUCUCCACGGUCAGCUGCAGGGAGGAGUUAGAGAAAUCGCCAAAGCUGCACAGAGUGUCAACGAAUUGUUGGAGCUAGCUGACAGCCCAGAGCUGAGAGGAAUUCACGUUGUAGAGAAAGAUCGUUCGUGGAUUCACAAGAAGAGAGAGGAGAUAGAACAGCAGGCACACACAAUGUUGUCAUCUGGUCUUGAUAGCCAGAAUCCGAGUCAGAUUGGUACGGCUCUACAAGUUUUUUAUAACUUGGACUGUCUGCAGCGACAGGUUGAGAUUGUGUGUGAGGGUAUUGUUGGUCAGCUUCAGACGACAGUGAGGAGAAGUUUGGAUGCGGCCGAGAUAACAAGGGAAAAGGGAGGAGGUGGUGGUCCCGGUCGAGUCAACAUGCCCAGUCCUGGCAGCACUGCUGCUUGGAGAGCUACACUGUGGAUGCGGCUUGAACAACUCAUCGAUACUGUCAGUGGAUCAUUUAAGAGAGUCUAUCAGCUACAGAAAGUUCUGGCUAAAAAGAAAGAUCCUGGGAGUCAAGUUUGCUUUGUUGAAGAGCUUUCUCAGGAUAGUCAGAAAUCUAGUUUAGAUCACAUGUGGACGUCUACUGUGAAGAUUUUACAGGAAGAACUGGCGGUUGCUGCUCAAGCAUCGAUAUUUGUCAAACAUGCUUUGGAAAGCGAAUAUCCCAAGCUUCUACGUUUGUUCAACGACUUGUGGGAGCAGCUUCGACUGAACACUCCCAUCUCUAUCCAGUCGAUGUCUGGUCUCGAACCUACAGAACUCCCACGAGACAUUGUAGUCACUCGUUGUCUACACGAAUCAGAUGCUGCACCAUUUAAGGACGUUCUCUCGCCGUUCGAGAGUGCAUACAUUGCAAAGUCACUUUCUCGUUUGCUCGAUGCUGUUAAUGUUGUGUUUCCUGCGAAUGCUCGCAGUCCACCUAGUAAGCAUGAAAUAAUUGGUAUUGUGAAGACUGUGACAAGUGAGUUGAGUGUCGUCAGCUUUGAUGUGAUGUUGCAGAAGACUGUUGCCGGUAAUGUAGAGAAGACGAUGAAGAUGUUUGCAGCAAAAUGCGAACGGCUGGUUGCCACUGGUUCUGACGCUAAACAGGUUUCUGGUUCUCCAAGUGCAGCUCAACGUAUCAACAUUGCAGUAGUCAAUGAUCUCAACCAUUUGUGUGAAGAAAUUCAGUCAAUACUAGCUUCUCAACAAUCAAUCUCAGAGUCUGGAAGGAAGUUAAUCGAGUCAGGAUUAGAGGCUGCUUCAUCCUUGAUGCAACACAUCACUGAUGUCAUCAUCGAAAUGGUUGCCUCUACCAUAGAAGAGAUUCUGAUCACUAUGCACGAGUCGGAUUUUUCAGGUGACAUUCCAACUCAGUCAUCUAGUCAGCUUCCAGAGUCACCGUGUUCAGCAUAUAUUGUGGAAUUGAGAGAUUUUAUCUCACGAAUUCAUUUGACUCAUCUCGUUCAAUAUGAUUGUCAGAAAUACAUGGAGGAGAGACUGAAAGGAGUUGCUAACAGAGCCAUGGAUUUGUUUGUUCGUCAUGUGACUUUGAUACGUCCGUUAGGAGACAGAGGCAAAAUGAGACUAGCUGCUGAUCUCACAGAGAUAGAAGUAGCCAUUAUGCCGCUAUGCCAACGACCAACAGACUUGGGACCUACAUAUCAAAUGCUUCGAUCUCUCAAGGUUCUGUUAUUUUCUGCUAUUAACGAUAUGCCAUCCAACCCUGUGGUAAAAGGUGAAAAACUGCCCAAGAGUGUUAUACUGCAUUUCUUAUUUUCGAGUGCUCCUAAAUCUCUUCAGUCUCCACACCAGUUGGCUGGCUGGAAUAUUCGCCAGUAUUCAUCUUGGUUAGACGAACAUCCACUCGAAGACGACCGUUUAGCAAUGAUAAGUGCGACUAUUGAUUCAUAUGUGAGGACGGUGCGAUCUCAAGGACAAAAGGAAUUCCCUGUAGAAUAUCUGACCAUGGUACACGUGUUGACACCAAAGAAUGAGUAAAUUAUGUUAGAGGAAAUACAGUUAUACAUACUGCAUAAUGAACAUCAUAAUAAAUAAUAAAUAAUAAAUAGUAAAUAAUAAACAUAAGUAACAACAUGUUGUUGAUGUUGUUGUUGAAUCGACUGAAUGGGUAGAGAUGACAUUAUAUCUGUGGUAGGUGGUUGUAUAUUGAUAAUUGAUGGAUAAAACAGUUGAGUUGGUAUUGUAACUACUCAUGCUGUAUUGUACAUUUAAUGAGGUAGAUUUCCGUUGCAUUGUGUA